AUGGCCCAACCAUUACCAUCCUCGUCGACUUCCCCCCCUGUUCCUGAUGCUUCUCCUAGCGGGACGGUCGGCGCCGUAGCAGACACAGCAGACGCGGCGACCUUCACAACGGUAGUUGCGCCGCCUCGCAAAGCCGCCAACACCCAGCGCAAGGGCAGGGGCAAGAAGAAGCCAUACGCCGUUGGUGCUGGCCCAUCCCCGGCCCCCGCAGCUGGCGAUCAGAAGCUAACCCAUCUAGUGAUCGACUCCGGAGCUAUCAUCAAAGGUGCUGGGAUGACGCUUGCGUCGGCCGCUGAGAACUUCUGGACCAUUCCGGAGGUGGUUGCCGAGAUCAGGGACAAGAAAGCUCGCCAACAUCUGGAGUCCCUGCCGUUCGAGCUCAAGCUGAGGGAGCCCUCCGACGAGGCCAUGAAGUUCGCGGCGAGCUUCGCGCGGCAGACGGGCGACUUGCGGUCGCUGUCGCGCGUGGAUCUCAAGGUCAUCGCCCUGGCGUACAUGCUGGAGAGGCAGGAGACCGGCGCGGGGCACCUGCGUACGGCGCCCAUUCGACCGGGUACCAAGGUCAACAGCAACCGCAAGGGGGUCAGUGCGCCAACUCUGGCGCCGGCGAACGACGCCACAGAAGAAGCUUCCGCGAAAGUUCUUGCGGAUGCCACCCUCCAAACGGCGUCGACGACGACAGCAACCGCGGCGAAGGCAGCAGCCCCCUCGGACGCACCCACGUCGUCGUGGUCCCUCAUGGCGCGAUCGAACCCGGCGCCUUUCAAGGUCCCCGCCAAGGCCGACCCGGCCCCGUUACCCGCCGCCGCAGCGCCGCCGCCGCUGGAUACCGACGACGACCCCGCGGGACAUUUCACGACUAGCGGGGUAGCAUCGCCCGGUGCCGCCGCCGCCGCCGACCGCCCUCGGCCGGACGGCGCGAAGCCCGGAACCUCUCGCAUCAUGAGCACUGCGGCGGCGUUCGGCGUGUCGGGGGGAGGCGCGGACGACGACGACGGGGAGGGGUGGGUCAACCCGUCCAACAUCAAGAGCCAGAAGGCGGCCGGCAUCGGCCUCAACGGCCCCUCGCAGACCCAGAGGAAGGGAAGUCAUAAGGGCAGGUCGACGGUGGCGAGCCAGUGCCGGGCGGGGUGCGUAACGACGGACUUCGCCAUGCAGAACGUUAUCCUCCAGGUGGGCCUGCCUCUCCUGUCCCUCGACGGCAUGGCCGUCCACCGCGUCAAGCAGUGGAUCCUGCGCUGCGCCGCGUGCUUCAAGACCUGCACCGAGAUGGGCCGGCUCUUCUGCCCCGUGUGUGGCAACGCCACCCUCGACCGCGUCUCGUGCUCGGUCAACGCCAACAGCGGAGCGACGCGGGUGCACCUUCGCAAAAACCACAAGGUUAACCUCCGCGGGAGCAAGUUCUCGAUCCCGGCGGCGAACCCGGCCAAGGGUAGGUUCGAGGGGGACCUCCUGCUGCGGGAAGACCAGCUGCUGUCCGGCAUCUGGGCGCAGAAGGCUCGCCGCAAGGAGAAAGACGUCAGCUCCAUGUUCGGAGAGGACAUCACCGGCAACGUGGGGCUCACCGUCUCCAAGUCGGCGGACCUAGUGGUGGGCUACGGCCGCAAGAACCCCAACUCGGCGAGAGGCCGAGAGCGGCGCGGGAAGAAAGGGGUGAAGACGAGGCUUUGAUGAGGCCACACAGCGCUCCAGUCUCACCGAAGUGUAGGGCCGGGUCUAAUGCCUUCGCCAACCUGUAUCAAUGUCUGUUCUCUGGUAUAACGUGUUUUAGUGUUGAAAGUAGUCGGCGCGUCUAGAUAGAGCCUCGUUAUUUUUUCUCUCUCUCCGGGAGAACCAAAGUGCGUUUGUCGCGCUGUCCCCAGCGAUGUGCCGUUGCCGCCGUAGCCGGGCUAUUUAUCCAUCAGGUUAACAGAUUUGGCACACACGGAGGCAUGCUUGAACGGCCGUGGUGUGUAAGCCCUGGUGGAAGAGCGGUUCUUUUUCGCUCCUCAAGUGUCUGGGCUACCUCCAAUGUAGCGUUAUUAUAGUACAUCCAACGGGGAGGUUAUGAACUGAACGAGAAGCUUCAUCUUCAUGUUUGAUACGACGGGGCGAUGUUGUCAGUUGGGCGUGGUCUUUUUUCGUCUGGGCGGGGAUUGCAUUGGCCGACUGUCUAUAGCCGGUUGUAUACAUAGCUGCGCCGAAUCAAUCACUGUUGUUCUGUUGGUCUACGCUUGAAGGUGUUUUGAACAGCUCUUCUGACGUGCACGCAUCAAGGUUAGUAACUCGGACACGCCAAAGCGUAAGGUGUGGUUAUGGUCUCCUUGUCUGUCCAACGGUUGAUGCGGCGGGAUGUCUUUUCACAAGUUACUCUUGGAGAGGAAUGCGGACCGGGAG